GGUGGAGUAUGCAGUAUUUAUUUAGGUACUCUACAAACCUUAAUAAGAAUUGAGUGCUUGUAGCAAUUGCAGAGAGCAAACAGAGAGCCAGCUGGCAGAAACUGAACAGUGCCACUGCAUUUUUAUUGCUUCUAACCCCAAAAACCAGAUUAUUACUAAAAAAAAUGUCUUUUUUAAUUUCAUUUCUCUCUGAUCCUGCAUUAGUUUGUCUGCUGUGCGCAGCAGUAUUAUUAGCUGUAGCCUAUUUUUCAACUGGCUAUAAAAAUUCAGCUUUUAAAUUACCUCCUGGUCCAACUCCUCUUCCGAUCAUUGGUAACCUGCACUUGGUGGAUCUUAGAAGGCAAGAUAAAUCACUAAUGAAGCUUGCAGAAAAAUACGGCCCCAUCUUCACCCUGCACUUCGGGUUCCAGAAAGUUGUGGUCCUGACCGGGUACGAAGUUGUGCGAGAGGCGCUUGUGAACUACACAGAGGAGUUUGUAGACAGACCAUCCAUCCCAAUAUUUGACCAAAUUCAGAACAAAAAUGGUCUGUUCUUCUCCAUCGGGGAGCUGUGGAGGACAACGCGCAGGUUCACCGUGUCCAGCAUGCGCAACCUCGGCAUGGGCAAGCAAAUGAUAGAGGGCAGAAUCUUUGAGGAGCUCCACUUCCUCAUUGAGAUGAUCAAAUCCUUCAAAGGGGAACCUUUCAGCCUGCCCUCCUUCAACUGCGCGCCCAUCAACGUCACCUUCGUCAUGCUCUUUGGGGACAGGUUUGACUACAAGGAUCCAACAUUCCUCACUCUCCUAAGGCUCAUAGAUGAAAUUAUGAUUCUUCUGGGAUCCCCAAAUUUAAACUAUUUCAAUUUCUACCCGUUCCUUGGAUUUCUUUUCAAAACCCACAAGAUUAUGCUCAAGAAAAUCGAAGAUGUGCGUGCCAUUUUAAGGCAAUACAUGAAGGCAAGCAGGGAGGAUAUCAAUGAGAACAGUGUGAGGAGCUACAUUGAUGCACUGAUAUUCAAGCAACAAGAGGAGAAGCACAAGAAAGACAGCCUCUUCCAUGAUGACAACCUAAUGGCAUCCAUACUUGACCUGGUCAUGGCUGGAACAGAGACCAUUGCCACCACGCUCCAGUGGUCCAUCCUGCUCAUGAUGAAAUACCCAGAGAUUCAAAAAAAGGUCCAGGAGGAGAUUGGGAGAACAGUCAAGGCUGGGAGCUGGGCCACGUACGAGGACAGGAGGAGGAUGCCCUACACCAACGCGGUGCUGCACGAGGUGCAGAGGUUCAUCACCCUCCUGCCACACGUGCCCCGCUGCACUGCUGUUGACACCCACUUCAGGGGCUACUUCCUGCCCAAGGGUAUAAUUGUAAUCCCAUCCCUUACCUCAGUGCUGCUGGAUAAGACACAAUGGGAGACACCACAUCAGUUCAACCCCAACCAUUUUCUUGAUGCUGAAGGGAAUUUUGUAAAGAAAGGAGCUUUCCUGCCUUUCUCCACAGGGCGGCGGAACUGCAUCGGGGAAAGCCUGGCCAAGAUGGAGCUCUUUGUCUUCUUUGUAGGGCUGCUCCAAACAUUCACCUUCCGACCCCAGCCGGGAGUUUCAGAGUCUGACCUGGACCUCACCGUCCCCCAGACGACUUUCACAUUGAGGCCUCAGCCCCAGGCAACCUGUGCUGUCCUGAGGGAAUAACCACGGCCUUGUCCCGGGGCUUUGGGGUCCAAGACCCCAGCUUGGCUCAAACUCACCAUCCCCCACCCUGCCACAGCACCACAUCCCCUUCCCUCUGCCUCCAUCCAUCCCCCUGCACUGCUCCAUCCCCCCAGGGCUGCUCUUUGCUCCUGUGCCCUGGGGAAGAUGCAAACACAAGCCAUGGUGCUGCCCAUCACACCCCACUUCUCAAGACGUGCACGGAGCUGGUGAAGGGACCAAGCUGCUGCUCUGGUGGAGGGGAUGCAGCCCAUGAGCAGCAGGAGAACACCCAGGCUCACAAAGCUCACCAUGUCACAGAAAUCUGCCUGGAAUCCUGAGGAAGAACAACCCACGGUUUGGUGGAAGCCACAGAGAGACACAGUGGGUCACAGGCUUGAGCCAUCCAUAGACACCUCCUGAGCUCUUCCACAGCUCACAGCAAAAUCCUGCCAGGAUUUCACCCACCAGGCAGCCAAGCCAAACACCAAGAGUGAAAAAAGUGAUGGGUCCACGUGGUUUGAGGAUUAAGUCAUUUCUGCCUGGGAACAGUGUCCUGGAAGAUGCCCCAGAGGCUGCAAACCUGUUCAGAGAAGCAAGUGCUGCAACCAAGCUCAACACUGCUCCCCAGUUGGAACAAAACAGGAGCUGCAUUCCUGAGUUUGUAAUUUAAAUCAUGAGGCCACAUGAGAUUUGCACCAGCAUCCGGUCAUAAAGGGCUAAUGACACAAAAAUAAACUACGCCCACUGCUAGUUUGACACAUCUCUGUCCUUCCUGACCUUGUUUAACAGCAGCAAAGAGCAUUCCCUCUCUUCAGAUGUCCUGGUUAUUGUUACCCAACACCAGUAGUCAUUUGGUGUUUGGGAUGGUCUGGCCUUUGGAACCAGCCAUGCAAUUCCCCUGCAAAGGCAGUCUGAUUUCACAGUGCUUGUUUUGCACACACACAUGCACAGAGAAUGGGGAUCAGGGAUUAAAGGAGAGCUGGUUUUGGUUGGCUUCCUUUCCUCUGUAGCUCAGCCUGGCUGUUGUCCCUAUCUCACUCUUACAUGCCAUCAUAUUCCACAACCUUAUUCCAGCUGAGGCAAUUUCCCAUCCAUUUACCUGCUGUGACUUCCCACUCCUCCACAUGCAUUUUCUUAUCAUGUGCUUUAUCAUAUUGUUUGUUUCCCCUUCAUGGGAACCCAAUAA